UGCCCCUCCAGGACCAGCAUAAAAGCCGGGCCAGUGACUCUCUCCCUCACACACUUCUCCUGACACCUUCUGCUCUUGCAGACAACCAGGGACCCUCCAUACCACAGCCAUGGCCUGCAACAACCUCUGCCGACCCUGCGGACCCACCCCGCUGGCCAAUAGCUGCAACGAGCCCUGUGCCCUGCAAUGCCAGGAUUCCCGCGUCAUCAUCGACCCUUCCCCUGUGCUGGUCACCCUGCCAGGACCCAUCAUGACCUCCUUCCCCCAGAACACUGCCGUCGGAUCCACCUCCUCGGCUGCCGUGGGCAGUGAGCUCAGUGCCCAGGGACAGCCCAUCUCUGGUGGAUUUGGCUUUGGCCUUGGCUAUGGCCUUGGCUACGGCCGUGGAUUUGGCUAUGGGCUGGGAGGCCUGGGCUGCUAUGGCAGAAGGGGCUAUGGCUACAACUGCUAAGGGCCCUCAGCACCACUCCUGACACCACCAGCUCUGGGCUCUGGCAACAACUCCUGCAAGCAAAGCACCUCAGCUGA